AUUCAUUCAUUCAUUCAUCCAUUCAUCCAUGUUGAUGUGCAGGACAGAUCAGAACUUCAUCUAUAAUCCGGAGUUUAUUUAUGUUUAACUCUUCAUUAUAAACUCCAUCCGGGUUCCUGCAGCAGCUCCUGAGUUUAGUCCAGCCCGACUCAUCCCUACACCCUUUGCCAUGGCGUCCGCCCGGUUGAAGUACCUCUCUCUGGGGGUGCUGGUGUUCCAGACCACCUCUCUGGUGCUGACCAUGCGCUACUCGCGCACCCUGCAGGCCGAGGGACCGCGCUACCUGGCCUCCUCCGCCGUGGUGUUAGCCGAGCUGCUCAAGAUCCUCACCUGCGUCGGCCUCGUCUGGAAGGAGCACAGUUACAGUGUUCGAGCUCUGAGCAGCGUACUCAGACAGGAGAUCAUGCACAAACCGGUGGAGACGCUGAAGCUGGCCAUCCCCUCCGGAAUCUACACGCUGCAGAACAACCUGCUGUACGUCGCGCUGUCCAAUCUGGACGCCGCCACCUAUCAGGUGACGUACCAGCUGAAGAUCCUCACCACAGCCCUGUUUUCAGUCUCCAUGCUGGGUCGUCGACUCGGUGUCUAUCAGUGGCUCUCGCUGGUUAUCCUGAUGAUGGGCGUGGCACUAGUACAGUGGCCCACAGACUCUCCGGCCCCAGACAAGCAGCAGCAGCAGCAGCAGCAGCAGCCGCAGCCCACGUCCGGCUCUCCGUUGGUGGGUGUGGUGGCCGUGAUGGUGGCCUGUUGCUCCAGCGGAUUUGCCGGAGUUUAUUUUGAGAAAAUCCUCAAAGAGACCAAGCAGAGCGUGUGGAUCAGAAACAUCCAGCUCGGUGUGUUUGGUCUGAUCUUCGGACUCUUCGGGAUGCUGCUGUAUGAUGGAGAGAGAGUGAGAGAACACGGAAUGUUCCAGGGUUACAGCUCCGUCACAUGGGCCGUGGUUUCAUUACAGGCUCUGGGAGGCCUCGUCAUCGCAGCCGUUAUUAAAUAUGCUGAUAAUAUUCUCAAAGGCUUUGCGACCUCACUGUCCAUCAUCCUGUCCACUCUCAUCUCCUACUUCUGGCUGCAGGACUUCGAACCUACGAGCAUCUUCUUCCUGGGAACAGUGCUGGUCAUCGUGGCCACGUUUCUGUACGGCUUUGAGGUCAAGCAGGCAGCGAACCCCAGCCGAGCGUAACGCGGAGACCGGGGCCCCUGUUAGCUGCUGUAAAACGGCGAGGGAGCAUAUGGAAGAUUAGCAAGAUGUGCGUGGUCCUGAAGCUGCUCGGCGAUCGGACCUACCCCAGUUAUGGUGAGCCAAAAGGGCCAGAGGUCACCCCACGCUGGACUCGAGCAGCUCCUCUGGUUGUGAACAGUCAGACUUUAUCUGAUUUUAUUGUUAGUAGCACCUCAGAUUUCUCCUCCAGCCGUAUCAGCCGCGUCUGGCUAAAUCUCCCGCCAGUAGAGAUGUGAACAGCGCACUGUGCUAGUCACACUUGAAGGAAUGCAAAGAGAAAUUAAUAUUAUAAUAUUAAACGGUUGUUGAAAGUA